AUUAAAAAAACAACAACACUCUCGCAAAAAAAAUCAGAAACUCGUAGCCUUUUGUUUUCUUUUUGUAGCCAGUUGCCAACAAAGUUAACCAGCCCAGUUGGACCGCGAUGCCAGCAGUGCGCAAAUACCGGAGGGAAACUAGCGAGAUUAGCUGCUGCCUGAAGUACCUGCUCUUCGCCAGCAAUGUUAUUCUCUGGCUCUCGGCGCUCUUGGUCCUUUCCGUAGGAAUCUGGGCCUGGAAGGAAAAGGAUAUGUUCCGCAAUAUAACGCGGCUUCAUUAUAUCGCCCUGGACCCGGCCUUUGUGUUGAUCAUACUGGGCGGGGUCACCUUUUUGCUGGGCUUCAUGGGCAGCGUGGGUGCGCUGCGGGAGAACACCUGUCUCCUGGGCGCGUAUGCCAUCUUCUUGAGUGUCCUCCUUAUAGCGGAGAUUGGGUUUUGUGCGCUGGCAUUCGUGCUCAAGGACAAGGGCUGGAUUAAAGACCAGGCUACGGAGGGUUUGAAGGCGUUCAUCCGACACUAUCGCGAGGAUGCCGACCAACAGAAUCUCAUCGAUUGGAUACAAGAGGAUUGGCUGCAAUGCUGCGGAAUUGACGGACCCAAGGACUGGGACAGCAACAACUACUUCAACUGUUCCUCCAUCGCCAUUGGCAGCAGAGAGGCUUGCGGUGUGCCAUUCUCCUGCUGCCGCCGACGCCCGCAGGAGCUCAUCAAGAACAAGCAGUGUGGCUAUGACGUGCGAAAGGAGGGAUACCCAGUGGAUAGAAACAUACACGAGCGCGGUUGCUUACGCGCUGGUGAGGAUUGGCUGGAGGCGCAUCUAAUUAGUGUGGCGGCCUGUUGCGUAGGUCUGCUCGUGUUACAGGGCUUGGAACUGUCAAAGAUAAUCUAUGAAAAGGGAUGCGUUCAAGCUGGAGAGGAGUGGAUGGAGCACAAUUUGAUUAUCAUUUCGACAUCAGUCAUUAUUGCGAUGUUUUUCCAGAUAUUGGGAAUUUGUUUCGCACAAAACCUACGUGCUGACAUCUAUACGCAAAAGUCAAAGUGGCACUGACAAAUAGGUAUUGCUGCCCCCACAGCACUUUAGGAGGAUUAAAAACAUCAUUAAUAUCUUACAUUUGGGGUAAAAUUAACUACGAAUCCAAAACUACUAAUCUUAUCUGCCCAAUCGCUCUUAUAUACUCGGAGUUAGCAUUACGAUCAAAAGAUAUUUGCAGGAUAUAUGGGGGACUAUAAUUUAUGAAUCUCAGCAAUCUUAACCGAGAUUAUCUAUGGAUUGUUUAAAGAUUCAAAAGUCUCCUCACACGAUGUUUGCCACGAAAAUGAUUUAAACUUAGCUAAAGCGAAUUCAUUCCGUCUUUGUGAAUACUGACUAAAUACUAACUAGGUUGCCAAAUUUUUUCUGUUAUUACUUUGGCUUGUCUUAGCCAGCAUAACGAGAUUACAAUAGCUAAACAUUUUAAAUAGAUUUUCUAUACGUUUUACAAUGAAUGUAAAAGAUGGUAGCGGAGAAACAAAAAUUUUAACUUGAAAUGCAGCUGUGAUAUAUUAUAUGAAAUGUAUAGAGAAACAAAACACAAAACAAAAUUGUUUGCAACAAUUUUCAAAACACGAAACGAAAAUAAAGUGAAGCUCUUUCCUAAACUGAAUCAACUACUGAACAACCUAGCACCACUAAUGUCAGUUUUUAUAAACGAGUCACAAACUUUUUUGUGUGGGGGCACAAAAUGCACAAAAGUACACACCAGAACAAAAACAAUGCAGCUUGCUUAAUGAUUUUUACGACCUUAACAAAAUGCUUAACGAUAAAAACAAAGAUGCUAGCUUAACAUAAAGCACAUAUGCGUAUAUUUUUGAAACACAGAGUUAAAAAUGUAUUAUAGAUUCUCUUUAAAAAUAAUUUUUAUAUGCAAACAUUUUAAUGCGCUUAAAAGAGAAUACCUUUUCUUUUUAUGUGGCGAGAAAGAUUUUAAAAUAAGUAAUAUCCAGUUAAAAUAAUUAAGACGCAGCUUUAAAACAAACCGCCAACAAUCCACGAACAAAACUUAAACAUAUAAAUGAAGACUCCAGAUUAGUAUUUCACUGCCCAAAACAAAGUAUUCAGCUCCAACUUUUUUAAAAAGCUGGAAAAUAAAUAAAUACUCUAUCAUUUCCUACCAGAAUUAAAUAAAAGAAUUUUUAAACAUUCCAAGAACAUUCCCCAUUACAAGGAUAUAAUCAAGAAGAAUUCUACAACAAUGUACUUAAAAACAUAACAGAAUGACUUGAAAAAAAUAUAUAAUUUCAUUUGAUAUUUCCAUAACCUUUACAAAAAAUACGAAUCUCUAUUUGCCAACUAUAAGAAAAAACCGAUGAAUAUUUUAGGUAAACUUGAAAUUUAAAAAUAACAUUGAACAAAUAUCUGAAUCUCCUUUUGCCAAUGAUUUUAAAAAUACCUUUAAAGAAAUGUCCGAAAAAGUCGAUUAUAAAAUAAAUAUGACUGCAAUUAUAAAAAAAAAGUAAUUAAAUAUAGAAAAUAGUGGUAACUAAGCGUCAAUUGCAAUUUAAAUAAAACAAACGAGAGUCAGUCAAGCACAUUAACAAUUUAAUUAAAUAGGAAAUAAUGGGGUUAUGAUAAGAACUAGAAAAUAUAUUAUAUAGCUUAACAAAGGUUGUUGUGCAAAUAUCAAUCAAAACUGCUUUAAAUAAAAAAUUCAUGAAUAACA